GAAAGCGUAAAAAAUCACAAACCGCCUGAAAUGAAUUUGAGGGUUUUCUACAAGAGCCUGAUGUUUUUACUGGGGUUUUUCUCAGUCCAAACAAAGGCAGAAAGAGAAGUGAACGUAGCAACAUGGGGCACAGCCAAUCAGUCGACAUUAGCUUACAACUGGAGUGCCUCAAACGCUCUGGAUGGGUUGAGCUCCACCUGCACUCAUACACAGACACAGACUGACCCGUGGUGGAUGCUGGACCUGAUGAAGACCUACAGCGUGAACAGAGUGACCAUCACUAACAGACUGAGCUGCUGUGGAGACAGGAUAAAUGGGGCAGAGAUCAGGAUUGGAAACAAUUCUACAGCUCUUUUGAGCAACCCAGUGUGAGUCUUCUGGCCAGUUGGUCAGUAACACUGCACAUACAAACACAUACAAACACAUAUACCCACUUGACUGACACAAAAUACUAAAUCCAAAUGAAUGAUGAUAUUAAUCAAAUUGAUGAUAGUCACUAGAAAUGUAAUGUCCCCAACCAGGCAAGACAAAGGUAACAGCGACAAAGAACCAAGUUCCCCUCUGGCCGGACACCCAGCACUUAACCUCCAGUUCAGAUUGUGCAAAGGACUUAUAGUGUGCAUGCGUGUGUGUCUAGAUCCGGUGAUUUGUUGACUGGGCCAUUGUAGGUGUUCUGGUCU